AUGCAGCUUUCCAUUCGGAGCCCCAUUAUUCUGGAUAUUCUCGCCCUGGUGAUCUCUUACGUUUCCUACUUUUUGCCACAAAGGGCGUCUUCCACACUCCAAGGAGUGAUUCGUCUGCUUCUGCUUUGCAGAAUUUUUAGGGACUAUUUGCUGUGGAAACUUUUGUUGGGGUUAUUCUCGAACGACAUUCGACGUAUUUUUAAUCGAUCGCGCGCUCGCGACAAGGAUAGCAAUCUGGACAUUACCUAUAUUUCCUCACGGAUUAUUGCGAUGUCGUGGCCUGGAUCGAAGUGGGAAAGUGUGUGGCGCAACAACAUUUCGGAUGUGGAACAUUUCCUAAACGAAAAGCAUGGCGGUCACUAUUGGGUACUCAACUUAUGCGCAGAAGGUGAAUAUAAAGAAAGAAAGAAAUACUAUUUUGGAGGACGCUAUACUCAUUAUUGCGUUCAGGAUCACAAUCCUUGUUCCUUAGCCCAAUUACGAGCGAUUAUUUACGAGUGUACAGAAUGGCUUUCACAAGACCCUCUGAAUGUGAUCGCGAUUCAUUGUAAAGGAGGAAAAGGCCGCACCGGAAUGGUGGUCGCUUCUCUCUUGCUUCGCCAGUGUAUUCAGCAAUGUCCGGAUGCUGCUCUUGACUUUUUUGCUUCCAAACGAACGUCUCGAGAUAUCAUCAAUGGAGGAAAGGUUAAGCCUCAGCGAGUGUCAAGUAGGCAAAAGCAGAAUGGGAUGAGCCUUGUCAGGUCCUUCGCAAAUUCGCUAUGUUUGCUAUUUUGA